CCGGGGCUGCCGUGCCUCCUCCUUCGCCCGGAGCUGGGGCCACCUCCUCGGCUAGUGGCGUAGCCCGGCUCUCGUGUCGGGGCCAGUGCUAUCCAGGCGGAGGAGCGGAGCCCUGGCCGGGCCCGAGCGGGGGGCCAUGGAGAAAGCGGCCCGAGGCGCUCUCCACACCAACUAAGGUGGGCCCGUUGCGGCUGCAGGCGCCAUGGACCGAGCCCCCGCAGACCAGAUUUUGGCAAAAGUAGAGAGACUAAACAGAAAUUCAAAGGAAGAAGAAAUAUCAUAUGAGAAUGUCAAGCUGUCAGCUGAGGUAGAGCCAUUUAUUCCCCAGAAGAAGAAUCCUGAUACAUUUAUGAUCCCUAUGGCACUACCAAAUGAUAAUGGAAAUGUUUCUGGUGUAGAACCAACUCCAAUUCCCAGCUACCUGAUUACCUGUUAUCCGUUUGUACAGGAAAACCAGUCUAAUAGGCAGUUUCCAUUAUACAACAGUGAUAUACGAUGGCAACAGCCGAAUCCAAACCCUGCGGGACCAUACCUUGCCUACCCCAUUAUAUCUGCUCAGCCACCUGUUUCUACAGAGUAUACAUAUUAUCAGCUGAUGCCAGCACCAUGUGCCCAAGUUAUGGGUUUCUAUCAUCCUUUUCCUGCACCUUACUCCAACACUUUUCAGGCUGCAAAUACUGUAAAUACUAUAACCACAGAAUGCACUGAGCGUCCAAAUCAGCUUGGACAGGUCUUCCCAUUGUCCAGUCAUCGAAGCAGAAACAGUAACAGAGGACCAGUACCACCAAAACAACAGCUUUUACAACAGCACAUAAAAAGCAAAAGGCCACUGGUGAAAAAUGUAGCUACCCAGAAAGAGACAAAUGCAGCAGGUCCUGAUAAUCGAUCAAAAAUUGUGCUCCUCGUGGAUGCUUCACAACAAACCGAUUUCCCGUCAGACAUUGCUAACAAGUCCCUCUCAGAGAGCUCCGCCCCAGCGCUCUGGAAGUCCAGGGGCAGGAGGAGGAGAGCGUCCCACCCUGCUGCAGAGUCCUCCAGCGAGCAGGGGGCGAGCGAGGCCGACAUCGACAGCGACAGCGGCUACUGCAGCCCCAAGCACAGUAACAGCCAGCCCGCGGCGGGGCCGUCGCGGAACCCUGAGGCCAGCGCCGGGAAUCACGUGGAGCCUUCUGUGUGCGCAGGUGGUGUAAAUUGGUCCAAUGUAACUUGCCAGGCAACUCAGAAAAAACCUUGGAUGGAAAAAAAUCAGACAUUUUCUAGAGGUGGAAGGCAGACUGAACAAAGAAGUAGUUCUCAGGUUGGAUUCAGAUGUCGAGGACACAGUACUUCCUCAGAAAGAAGACAGAAUUUGCAAAAGAGACAAGAUAAUAAGCAGUUAAGCCCCAGUCAACCUCAUCAGUCUCAUAGAGGCGACCCAAAUUCUGAACCUUUAUAUUUUGAGGAUGAAGAUAGAUUUCAAGAACUAAAUGAGAAUGGAAGUACUAAAGAUGAUAAUAUUCAACAGAAACUUUCUUCGAAAGUAUUGGAUGAUUUACCUGAAAACUCACCAAUCAAUAUAGUUCAGACUCCAAUUCCCAUUACAACUUCAGUUCCUAAACGUGCAAAAAGUCAGAAGAAGAAAGCUUUAGCAGCAGCCCUGGCCACAGCUCAAGAAUAUUCAGAAAUAAGUAUGGAGCAAAAAAAAUUACAGGAAGCUUUAUCAAAGGCAGCUGGAAAAAAGAAUAAAACACCCGUGCAGCUAGAUUUGGGGGACAUGUUAGCAGCUCUGGAAAAACAACAGCAAGCAAUGAAAGCGCGGCAAAUUACUAAUACCAGACCUCUUUCAUAUACAGUGAUCACUGCAGCUUCUUUUCACACUAAAGACUCUACUAACAGAAAAUCUUUAACCAAAAGCCAGCCCUGUUUGACAUCCUUUAAUUCUUUGGAUAUUACUUCCUCUAAAGCAAAAAAAGGAAAAGAGAAGGAAAUUGCAAAACUAAAACGGCCCACAGCACUUAAAAAGGUUAUUUUGAAAGAAAGAGAGGAAAAGAAGGGCCGUUUUACUGUGGACCACACUCUUUUGGGAUCUGAGGAACCAAUAGAAAUGCACUUAGAUUUUAUUGAUGAUUUACCACAGGAGAUUGUUUCCCAGGAAGAGACUGGACUGAGCAUGCCCAGUGAUACCUCCCUCUCUCCAGCGAGUCAGAACUCCCCGUACUGUAUGACACCUGUGUCACAGGGCUCUCCGGCCAGUUCUGGGAUAGGCAGUCCAAUGGCAUCUUCGACAAUAACCAAAAUCCACAGCAAAAGAUUUAGAGAGUACUGUAAUCAGGUUCUUUGUAAAGAAAUUGAUGAGUGUGUGACUCUUCUUCUUCAAGAGCUUGUUAGUUUCCAGGAACGCAUCUACCAAAAGGAUCCUGUAAGAGCAAAAGCGAAAAGACGACUUGUCAUGGGUCUAAGGGAAGUUACCAAACAUAUGAAGUUAAAUAAGAUCAAGUGUGUUAUAAUUUCUCCAAACUGUGAAAAAAUCCAGUCAAAAGGUGGUCUGGAUGAAGCUCUCUAUAAUGUUAUAGCCAUGGCACGGGAACAAGAAAUUCCUUUUGUGUUUGCCCUUGGAAGAAAAGCUCUAGGACGCUGUGUGAACAAGCUGGUUCCUGUUAGUGUCGUGGGAAUCUUCAACUACUUUGGUGCUGAGAACCUUUUUAAUAAGUUAGUAGAACUUACUGAGGAAGCCAGGAAAGCAUAUAAAGAUAUGGUGGCAGCAAUGGAACAAGAGCAGGCCGAGGAAGCCUUAAAGAAUGUGAAAAAGGUGCCACACCACAUGGGACAUUCUCGGAAUCCCUCUGCAGCAAGUGCCAUUUCUUUCUGCAGUGUUAUUUCUGAACCCAUCUCUGAAGUAAAUGAAAAGGAGUAUGAAACAAAUUGGAGAAACAUGGUGGAAACUUCAGAUGGACUGGAAACAUCAGAAAAUGAGAGAGAGGUUUCCUCUAAGCAUAGCACAUCUGAAAAAGACAGUGAAGUUCCAUCUGACACAGCCCCUGUUGGUAAGCAGCCCCUGGCAGUGGCUGCAGGCAGUACUACCUCAGCCACAAACCCUGGGAAAGCGAGCGACAAAGAGGAAGUGAAGCCAGAUGACUUGGAAUGGGCCUCACAGCAGAGUACGGAGACUGGCUCUUUGGAUGGCAGUUGCCGAGAUCUUUUGAAUUCCUCCAUCACCAGCACCACCAGCACUCUCGUACCUGGCAUGCUUGAAGAAGAGGAUGAUGAAGAGGAGGAGGAGGAGGAAGAUUAUACUCAUGAACCCAUAUCUGUAGAAGUACAGCUCAAUAGUAGAAUUGAGUCUUGGGUCUCUGAGACCCAGAGAACAAUGGAAACUCUUCAGCUUGGAAAAACUCUUAAUGGUUCUGAGGAAGACAAUGCAGAGCAAAGUGGGGAAGAGGAAGCAGAAGCGUCUGAGGUACUAGAGCCGGGAAUGGACAGGGAGGCUUGGACUACUGACCACCAAGCAAGUCAGGAGCAUCAGAAAUCCAGCAGCUGCAGUUCAAUGAACAACGAGCAUUUGGAUUCUACUUGUACACCCCCAAAUCUGUAACUCAGGAAAUGUCAGCUGUCUAUCUCCAGCUGUGUGAGGGUUGCAGCCAUUAUCUUUUAUGCUUCAUCUGAGCAUUUUGCACUGUCCAAUAUUUAAUGUAUCUAUUUAAUUUCCAACAAAUAUUUUUGGAGCUCUUUUACUUGUGUUAUGAUCUGUAGCUUAGCUUUUCAUUUGCACUUAAGUGUCUUUCAGAAAACUGUGGAAAAUUCAUAAUUCUUUCAGCUUAUUUUAUUAUGGAAAAUAAUGAUUUUAAUAAGACCAUGUUUUAAAGAAAAUAAAUUUAAAAUGCCUACUUAGAGUUAUUUUGAAAGUUAAAGAUCAAGGUCCAAGGGUAGGAGCAGUACCAGUGUUUGCUUUCAAAGACUGUGCCUCUUUCACUCUAAUUUGUCUGAUAAAACUUACUUGUGCUUCUUUAAAAAUGAACUGGAGGUAGUUAGACAACUAAAAAAUAGUGGCUGAGGGUUACUAAGUCCACAAAGUGUUUUGUAUUAAAAAUUGAUGCAACUUUUGUUUGGUCCACAAAUGCUUAUUUCAGAAAUCAUUGAUCAUUUAAGUGAUUGAAGUUGGGAUGUGCUAAAACUGCCUCCAAUCCUUAGGCUAACAAAGAGCCACCGUAUAGAUUAGAGCUGGCCUUAUCUGUGGAAAAGGAUAGAAGUUGUCUUUAAUAGUGAAAAGUCACCCACGAUAGGACCUUGCAGGUUCUGUCUCAUAUUUGCUUCUUACCUCAGGAAUGCUCUUGUACAUAAUAAUCAUAUUUACAUAAACUUAGGCAAAUUCUGACAGGUGAAUAACUGUAACUAAUUGUAUGACUGCAGCAGUUACAUGUAACUAUCCAGAAACAAAGUCUUAUACUGGGGUGUUCUCUUGCAUACUUCUGACUUAAGACCCUCAGGAUUUCAGAUACAGAUUUGACUAGGUAUCCAAACUCGUCCUGAGUGAAAAACCUCACCUUAUAAAAAAAAAUUUAUUUGGCCUCUAGCCCUGAGCACCUGCAACGUAACACCAACCAUAGUUACUAAUAGGAAGGAGGUCAGGGAAAGGAACUUCACACAACUUACAAGAUACAUCCUGAUAAUCAAGGCUCAGAAGAGGAAGUUAAUGAAGAAAAGAGAAAGUUAUUGUAAUUGUGCUGAAACUACUAGAUGAUUUAAUUAGAGUAUGCAGACAUAUGCAGGCAUUCUUGAUCUCUUUUAUUUAUCUUUGCCCUUCUGUAGGGAUGUACGUCCUCACUUGGGAUAAAUUAAAUUUAAUGAGCUAAAUGUUGUAUUUGCUAGUCAGUCACCUGGUAGUGACCUUUACAGAUUUAUUGUAAUAGUGGGAGAAUUAUAAAUUGCCUAAUUUUUGGUCUUCCCUCCAACCUUCUGUCUCCCCCACCUCCAGAUGACUCACAUGCACACAGCAACUUUACACUUAAUAGCUCCCAUAGGCAGGCACAGAACUGGACGGAAGGGUAUUUUCCCUACCCUGGUUUUAUCUCACAGAGGUAGGAGAGAAGAAUUGGGCAUAUUUACUGAAAUCAUUGGGAGUACUGUGUUACUUUUAACGUUUUAUAAUGCUGGCAUUUAAUUAUGAAGAGAUCAGAUUCUUGGUUGAUGAUUUAUUUGUUGUGAAAGUUUAGGAGCAUUGCUGUAUAGAAAAUGUCAGUUUGUCAGCUUCAUUAGUGUGCUAAAAGGGGACAUUAUUGUAUUGUGCUGUUGUCUAAACUGUUCUACAGGACAGACUUCUUAGGCACAAAGUAUCCAGUACUUAAAGGAAUGCAGCAUGUAAGGAAUGAAGCCUCUGAAAUAGUUAAUCAUGGAUUUAUAUAUGGCAGAUCUUACUGUCUCUACACAUUUGGAAGGAUUAGUUGGUGUAAAGAAAUGAUAGACGUUUUGAACUACUGACAAUCUUAAGUGAAUUUAAAAACUUUUCUUACUUUUUAUGAUGUAAAUCUCCUUUGCUUGGUGUCAGUGAUUCAAACAACUCUUGAUCUUGGGGCAAUGGCUUUUCAAAGGUUUCUUAUAUUUUGUAUCUCUUCUGAAUAAGAGGUGUCAUUUUAGAUUUUUGACAUUUGUAUCAAAAGAGAAGUUGAGGAAAUCUUCAGAACACCAAUAAUUUAAUUUUGUUACAGACUUUGGAAAUGUUUGAUUAUGUGUUGGAUAAACACUCUUUGCACAUGCAGUGUCUUUUGCCAGCAAACCCGAGGGACCACAGCCUUUUUUUAUAUGAGACAAGUCACUUCUAGAAGAUAACCCAAAAUGUAUAAAAGGAAAUGCUACUAUGUUGAAGGUAUGCUUAAAUAGUAUUAAUAAUGUCUUCAUAAUUUGUUUCCUUAAGAUAAAUAUUGGGAUUUGUGUAUAUUAUAUACAGGAGGAGGUAUGAAAACUAGGCCUUUUUUUUUUCUUUUUUUGGUAACUGGGUCGGUGGCUCUUUGGAGACCUUGAGAGAGAUCUAAUGGUAAGAGUAAGUUACAUUCACCAUUACAAGUAAUAAAAACCAUAGUGAUUUUUUUCUUAGUCUGUAGAGGUUGUUUUACUGGCAAUAAUUAGCGUUAGAUUUCUACUUCAGUACAUAUAUAUACGAAGUACUGUAUGAAUCGUACUCCCAAAACUAGAUUUCUGCUUCAGUAGAUUUGCUGUGAGGAUUACUUCUCAAAAGACAAAUGUUCAUAUUAUCUUAAUUUUUGAUUUAAAUAUGUUUGUAAAUGAUGUAAUAUAUUUCUUUUGACUAAACAUGGGAAAAAUAAUAUGUGUUGUACAUUGAGAAGUUUUUAAGGCAUUGACUGGAGAUAACUUUUGCAGAGAUGGUAUUUUAUAUGCUUCCAGUAUUUGGAAAAGAAUUAGUCAAAAGGAAUUCACAUUGCUUAAAUAUUGGGAAAUUAAUAUCCAAAUAAUGUCUGAUUUCUUAAUAAGCUGUGGGGUGGGUGUGGGGGGGUGGGAAUUAUAAUGUGCAAAUGAAUAGUGAACUCUGCAUUUUCACCUCUUAACAUGAAACCAUUAAAUCUUAACACAUUAUUACUUUAAUAUAUGUAUAAAGAAGUAUUACUGUUUGUAAAGCUGUUGUUUGCUUUAAAAAAACAACUUGUCAUUUAAGUAUUUUCUGUACAUUGUGCCAACAGGUUAGAAUAUUAACUUAACCAUUUAAGAACUUAACCUUUUUUUGGUUUUAAAAUAUUUCUGUGACAUUAUAUACAGACAUCUUACUCCUCCCUUUCCCCUUCCAACCUUUAUACACAUCACAGAAUCAACCAAACUGCUUAAUCUGAAAUCAGAAUCCUAAUUAAUGAUAAAGAUUGAAACUUUGUUGGCACAGCACACCUUAAAAGUAUUCGUAUAAUUUUGUAAUUUAAUUUCUGAAUAUGCCACAUGAAUUGAUAAUUUAAUGUCUUAAUUGUAAUGCUCUAAUAAAAAAAACUAACAAUCAGUAUGAAUUGUAA